AGGAUGUUAGCUGAUUCUUUUAAUUCCUUUAACUACUGACUCAGUCCUUCAUAAGGGAAAAACACUUUACAAAGUACUUUAGAGCGUCCCGAGUUUUAAGUUGUUUUACGGCUUUUUUGAACUCCGUGGUUGUAUAUUUCGCAUGCUUGUGUAAAAAAAAUAACUUUAGUUCUCAUCAGUUCUCAUAAAGAUAGCCGGGUCAAUUUAUUGCUUUUUACGGCUGAACGGUCAAGCAAUUUGUAAUCCCCGGAAGACCUGCUCUAUUCAUCGUCAUUUUUAUGCACGAUACCAUUUCCUAAGGGUCCUUUCAAAAACACUCGUCACAGUUAACUUCCCCCAACUCAUUUACAAGCCGUGACAAUUUGUUCCAUUUUGAAAUAAAUUGGAUUUUGAAAUAACAUCCCAACUGUAUAUUAAAAAAACUAAUCUGCUUUAUCCGUCCUUGUCUGCUGGAGAACCAAAAAGUGCAGAAUUUCCACGAUAACAAUUUCAAUUCACUUCAUUUCACAUAAUUUCGCAUAUAUUUUUUGAAGUCCGAUAGUCAUGUUUUACGGACUGGAAAAUAAAGACGACAGCUUGUCGUCUAAGUUUCCUUUCGUAUUUCUUACCUAGCGCCAUAUUUAUGGUACUAAUCGGUUCUAAUGACUAGUAUUUGUUUGGCUCAGGGUAUUUUAUACCCCUUCAAAAGCCCAAAAAUCAGUAACUUCUAGCGGCGUUUAUCGCAUUAUUUUGUAGUCAUCAGACAAAAUCGAUUUCAGUUAUUUUACUUCAGCUAUUCAAACUGUAUUCAAACUUAGGUUAUAUCUAAUUAUAAUUUAGGUUAUUUUAUUAUUUUCAAUAACCAACCAUGGAAGAUCACGUGGCGUCUUCAUCGAGUCCAGCUGAUAUUCCCAGAAACAGUUCCGGUAUGCGACCAACUGCCUGCUCGAGCUAUCGUCUACAAAUGGAAGAGCUGGAGAAUAGUCUGGGACGUCACCAGGUGUCUGUGUCUCUGGACCCGGAAGAGGAGAGUCCCAUAGACCUGAUUGGAGUGUAUGAGGACAUGGGGGACAUACAUCACAAAAUGGAGGCCAUAACUGAGGAGUUCGAGAUCACAAACCCCCACUGGAUUGAUGUGGCUGCAGAGUGCAACAAGUAUCCUUUAGGCACAAGCACCCAGAUGUACCUCAAAGCGAUUGAGUUGUCGAAGCGGGCAUUUAGCCGACAGACUUGUCUUAACUGGCAGAGGAUCAAUGUUAGAGUGAACUGCAAACUGGCACGUAACUACCAACUACUCAGUUUCUACGAUCAUACUCUCGUCUAUUUAGAACAGGCCAUAUCCAUCUGUGAGAGAACGAGUCACAACUUCCUGGAGAGCAAACUGCCCUCUCUCUACUACUGCUACGCCCACGUGCACCUCCUCAACAACGACAUCGAAAACUCGUGGCUGUUUUACAAUGUGUCGCACGAGAUGGCCUCCAAAGUGGACAAGCACUUGGCCAUUCUGUCCAUGUACGAGCUGGGACGCAUACUGACCCGGGUGAGGCUGGAGUCCAGGGCCCAGAAGUACUUCGAGGAGUGUCUCAAAAUGGCACUCAACUAUCUGGGCACUGUGCACGUUCUAACUGGCAUGAUUUAUGAGGCACUUGGCAUACAGCUGAGAAAGCAGAACGACCUGACAAACACUAUGAUUCUGCUGGAAAAAGCGAGAGACAUCUUCAAAAUAGUUCUGGGACCAGAGCAUUUUUUCACCAACCGCGUCAGCAAACAAUUGAGUGAUGCUGUCAACAAGAGGAAGAAAAGCACCAUCUAUAUUGACUAAAAUUACGCAAUCUAUUUUAAAAAGGAGAAACUGCAUUGCUGCA